AUGCUCAACGCGGCAUACUCGUCGAUUCUCGCUAGAUUUAUGUGUCAACAGACGACGCAGAUUCCGGAAGAAGAAGUCGUACUAAUAGCGAAGAAGGUUCGGAAGACGUCGGAAUCGGAAUCGGAGAAACAGAAGUGUACAGCUACAGUACCCCCUCCCGCUUCGGUUUCAAGUAAAAGACGAACGAUGAAGGUGUCACCGGACGGAGAUCAUGUUACACAUCGAAAAAACUCGUCAUCCCAUGCGAGAACCACUGGAGCAACUGGAAUGUCGAGUCGAUCGGCGGCGCGGCGAAACGAUCAAGAUGUGCAUGUUGGAAAGUAUAAAUUGCUGAAAACGAUUGGAAAGGGAAAUUUUGCAAAGGUGAAACUAGCAAAACAUGUGAUCACCGGACACGAAGUCGCCAUCAAAAUCAUUGAUAAAACUGCCCUGAAUCCUUCAAGUCUCCAAAAACUAUUCCGUGAAGUGAAAAUUAUGAAACAAUUGGACCAUCCGAACAUCGUGAAACUAUAUCAAGUGAUGGAGACCGAACAGACACUAUACCUAGUUCUGGAAUACGCGUCCGGUGGUGAAGUGUUCGAUUAUCUGGUCGCUCACGGACGAAUGAAGGAGAAGGAGGCGAGAGCGAAAUUCAGACAAAUCGUAUCGGCUGUUCAAUAUUUGCAUUCGAAAAAUAUUAUUCAUCGAGACUUGAAAGCGGAAAAUUUGCUGUUAGAUCAAGAUAUGAACAUAAAAAUUGCUGAUUUUGGAUUCUCGAAUACGUUCUCACUUGGAAAUAAACUUGACACAUUUUGUGGCUCACCGCCCUACGCUGCACCCGAAUUGUUCUCUGGAAAGAAGUACGAUGGACCUGAAGUGGACGUGUGGAGUCUUGGAGUCAUCCUAUACACCCUAGUAUCUGGAAGUCUUCCGUUUGAUGGACAAAAUCUGAAAGAGCUGAGAGAGCGAGUGCUCCGAGGCAAAUACCGUAUCCCGUUCUACAUGUCGACGGAUUGUGAGAAUUUGUUGAAGAAAUUCUUGGUGAUAAAUCCGCAACGACGAUCGUCACUCGAUAAUAUUAUGAAGGAUCGAUGGAUGAAUGUUGGAUAUGAGGAUGAUGAGCUGAAACCGUUCAUUGAGCCACCGAAAGAUCAGAUUGAUGAGCAGAGGAUUGAGAAGUUGAUUCAGAUUUUCCAGCUCGGUUUCAACAAGGCGACCAUCCUGGAAAGUGUCGAAAAAGAGAAAUUCGAAGAUAUCCACGCCACUUAUCUUCUUCUAGGAGAACGUAAAUCUGAUAUGGACGCGAGUGAGAUCACGAUGGCCCAAUCGCUUCUCAGCCAUUCAUCUAUCAAUGUUUCGUCGUCACUGGGUCAACAUCCAGCCGGCGUCAUCACUAGGGAGCAUGUGACGUCAUCGUCAGCGUCUGGAGGCUCUGCUUCACCAUCCCGAUACUCUCGAUCAUCCGCCACCGCUACCGGCCCCUCCAUCACUACUGGAUCCGCCCUCGCUUCCGCUGCCAACGCUCAGAAACAUCAGACUACUGUACCCGCUUCUGGAUCCUCAUCAUCACGAAGAAGCUCUCAGAACGAUGCGGCCACCACCGCUGGCGGCACCGGAGCAACCGUUGUGAUGAGUGGAACGAGACAUGGAGGAGUUCAGAUGAGACAACAGCCGACGAGCAGACAGGCGGCUAUCAGUUUGUUGCAACCACCCAGUUAUAAGCCUUCAUCCAACACCACCCAAAUCGCUCAAAUCCCGCCACUAUUCAAUCGUAACUCGACAACUACCUCAUCCACCGCUCAGGCAUCAACUGGAAUUACAGCUGGAGCACGGAAGAUUGCUGAUCCGAAAGGACGUAUCCCAUUGAACUCGACUGCUGUUCAAUCUCAUCGUACGGCGACUGGAGCUGUCGCGGCGAAUACCGGUGGAAUUCCGAGUCAUCGUGACCACGCCCAACAGCAACAGUACAUGAAUCAACUGACGUCGUCGACGAUGAUGUCCAAGUUGAUUAAUAAGACACCGGCUGCUGGUGGAGUGAACAAUGCCACGUCUACAUCCUCCUCGUCGUCCACCACGUCAUCUGCCGCACCACUUCAGAAAUCGGGAUCUCAAAUCUCACACGCCCCGACGGAACCGGUGAUUCGAGAGGACGACGAUGAGAACAGCAGUGAGCAUCAAAAUGGAAAUGUGCCAUUGAUUGGAGGUGUUGGACCACAGACAUCGCCUGCCACCGCUACGGCUCCAUCAGAAGACGUGACGUCUUCGGAAACACAGAAACAGCAGGAGAAGGCGUCGAGUGAGACACCGAAAGAGAUCAACCCGCUCAUCUGGCAGAAUUUGCAUCUCAACAGUCUUCUGAAGUCUCUACUCGAAUCGACAACGAUGUCUUCUGCUUCUGAAACCCCGCGACGCCCUUCUGAAGUGUUGGCGGAACGACGUUCUGAGCCAUUGGCUGCUCCACAGCGUCAACGUCGUCAAACGAUGGCUGUAGACUCGAGACAUCUUCAGCAGACUCCGCCCACUUCUGAUAGAUCAUAUCCAGACGAAACGACGUUGGAUCGUCAGAUGCGUGCACUGUAUGUGUCGACGGCUCGAACGCCACGUGGUCAUGUGCUUCCGACACCGCCAACGUCGAAUUCGACGUCUUCAAGCUUUAUUGUGGAGCCACAAACAGCGCCGCCGGUGCUCACGGCCACGACGACGUCUCCAUUGAAGACGACGACGUCACCGUACUUCAAGCGGACGUCUUCAUUUAGAAUGGUGCAUUUUUAUUAG